ACAGUACUUCACACCAAGAUCACAUUUCCUCCGGCCUGGACAGCAGUACCUCGCCGGUGGAUGCCGACGAGACCAGCAGCCAGUCCGGUGUUGCCACAGGUGAGGGCACUCAUUCGCCAGAGCCCAGCGGCGAUAGCUCAAGCAAGAAGCGUCACCGCCUUCGUCCCGAUCAGACACGGCGUUUGCUCGAGGUGUUUGAGAAGACGACCAAGCCUGACUCGGAGAUGCGCAAGGCACUGGGCAAGCAGCUUGACAUGGCACCGCGCACAGUGCAGAUCUGGUUCCAGAACCGCCGUGCCAAGCUCAAGCGCGAGAGCAACGCGUCGGACCCACUGAAGAUGACCGGGUACUUUGGCUCUGGCAUUUAUGCCAACCGCGGCCGGCUUAGCUACAAUCGGGCAUACCUUGACCGUCGCCAUAUGGGAGGUCGCAAUGUCUCUGAAGGAUUUGACCACUUCCGCAGCGCACAUGGAUUUGAGCCUUACCCGCCCCAGGAGCCCUUCCGCGGCCUACCGCUCCAGAAUCCGUCGCAGAUGGCCACCAGCAACAGCACUACCGACAUGUCCCCUCACUUCACGCUCCAGUCGAUACCUGGUGGUCCGCCGGUUUUCAACCAGAGUGCCAUGGGUAUCCCCGCUGGCCAGGGCCCUAACGGCGCUGCUUCUACCCACCUGCUGUCGGGAGCCAUGGCUGCAUCUGUAAUGCCGCACCAUGCCUCGGCUCAUGCUGCUACCACAGGCUACAAGGACCACACAAGCCCGCAAUUGAACACGGCCCAGAACCAGGUAUGUGUCCAGCCGGUGGCUCUGCAGCUGCAGUCAGCCAACCAAGACGGCUCUACACGUGGCCGCCAGGCACAACCCCACACCUCUGUCGAUGGCAACAUGGCUUGCGACGAUUAUAUUGCCAGCAUGGCCUUUGGUACUCAGCGCUCCCCGCAACAGCAGAAGCAGCAGCAGCCGAUACCACACUCGCGUCAAACACAUGGCUUCUCCGCAUCAGCUGUCCCUUCCGCCGAGGUCCUUCUCCAGUCCCGCCGUCGCCACUUGCAAGACCUGAUGAUCAUCAACCAAACCCAUGCUGCUCGUGGCAUCAACCCAGCUGCUCUUCCAACAUCUGGCUCUGACAUUGGCGACGGCGGUAUGGGUAAGCCAUUGCUAUUUUCUGAGCUUACCCAGGCAUCGCCGCUGGUAUUGGCUGCCACCGAACCUGCAUCGCUGAGUAUGCCUCCUCCGCCGCUAAUCACCGCCUCUUCAUUUGUCGAUGCGACUACUAUGCCCCAUGCUUUGGCGUCUGCUGCCGCAGAUGUUGCGGCAACUCCCGCGCCGUCGUCACAACUGGCUACACUCCAUCAGCCGGCCACUCUUGACAACGCUUCGAGCGCCGCCAAUAUGCACGGCACCCUGGGCUCGAAUACCAGUAAUGGACGAUGGCGUCAUGAUGGCUACUGCUUCGCUGGAUAGUCUUGUUGCUGGCAACGCAAUGGUCGGUAUUGGAGAUGCCGGCCAAGGCGGCGGAGACGCCAAUGCCCUUAUUUCUGGCUCUUCACUGACAGGAUUGACAGCUGGCAUCACCUCUGUCGCUCAGAC